AUGAUACUCGCCGUGCUCUUCGCCAACUCCGAAGGCAACAUCCGCAUCGAGAAGAUGAUACCCUCCUACUCCCAACCACUCACACCACAUCGAGAGGCCUGGAGCGUCAGCUCCUGCAAGCCCCGCAACGGCGUCGCCUCCCUCCGCGACGACAGCCUCGACACCUACUGGCAGUCGGACGGCGCGCAGCCGCACCUGGUCAACAUCCAGUUCCAGAAGAAGGUGCAGCUGCAGCUUGUUGUGCUGUACGUGGAUUUCAAGCUGGACGAGAGCUACACGCCCAGCAAGAUCUCCAUCCGGGCCGGCGACGACUUCCACAAUCUCAAGGUG